AUGAAGUUGCUUGUGCUACUCAGCCUGUUGACCCUGGCUGCUUGUUCACCAUUCGAUUUUAUAAGCAAGGGUUACCACUCGCUUAUUAACAAGCUGUCAUUGAAGGCAUCUUACGGUUAUGCAGCAACAGUUAAUCAAAAAUUCUCAACCACAACAUUCAACUGCAUGGCACAAGCUGGAUUUUCAGUGGCAUUCAUUCAAGUUUAUAAGCCGGACAAUACCGGCAAUGUAGACUACGAUGGUAUUCAGAGUAUUAAGAAUGCUAAUUCAGCUGGUCUUGGCGUCGAAAUCUAUAUCAAUCCAUCGACCGAUGGAAAAAGUGCUGCAACUCAGUUUGAUGAAGUUUAUCAAGCUUUGAGAAGCAAUGGUAUCAGUGUUCAGGCCGUAUGGUUGCAGGUUACAAAUCCAAUUUCUUGGCCAAUUCAAACGACAACAAAUAUUAACUUUAUUACAAGCUUCUUGACUCGUGCAAAGCAGUACAAUCUUUACCUGGGUGUGUUCACCAAUUGGUACGACUGGCAACAGAUAACUGGUGGGUACACUGGUCUUUCCAGCCUUGGCAACGUACGAUUAUGGUACUGGAAUGCCAACGGAUACGGUCUUAAUGCUGCAAGUUCGAUGGAUUUCACUGAUUUCCGAGCUUUUGGAACAUUCACCACACCGGCGGUUAAACAGUACAGCAUUAAGAGCAACAUCUGCGGCACCACUGUCAAUCAUAACAUCUUUUCGACAACAGCCUCCAAAAAGGCUAAAGCCAUUAGCAAAAAAUCUGAAAACACUAUUGUUGUAGGCAAUCUUCAGUUUUGA